AUGGAAUCGAUCCUUGAAAGAUACGAGAGACACUCAUAUGCAGAGCAACAGCUUGUACCAAAUGGCUCGGAAAAUCAGGGCAAAUUGGAUCCUUCAGCAAGUAAGGGAAACUGGUCUAUGGAGCACCCCAAGCUCAUGGCAAGGGUUGAAGCCUUGCAAAGAAACCUAAGGAACUAUACAGGACAAGAUUUGGAUCCUUUAAGCCCUAGAGAACUUCAACACUUGGAGCAACAAAUAGAUAAUUCUCUUAAGCGUAUACGAUCAAGAAAGGUGAAGUUAGCAUGUUUUCAAAGUAUUUUGACAUACAAUCCCAAGGGUUGGCUUGGUGGUCAAGGAGGUUUGCUCCUUUCUAGAUUUUCUGGGUUCAAACCUCGUGAUAACCAACUCAUCCAUGACUUCCUUUCAGAGCUGCAGCAAAAAGAAAAGGCACUCCGGGAGCAGAACAACACACUAACACAACAGGUCAAGGAAAAUGAGAAGGGACGAACUGAGCAAGCACGGUGGAAGCAGCAAAACCUUGGCCAAAACUCAUCCUCUUUUAUGCUACCACUAGCACAAGCUCCGCCGCAGCUGCCAAUGCUAACUCAGCUUCCUCUAACUAUAGGCGGCAGUCUCCAGGUGGGAGGGUUCCUGAACGGAAAUGAGAAUGUUGGAGUUCAAACUCAACCUAGCACCAUUCCGCCGUGGAUGCUCCGUCAUGUCAAUGAUAGAAUUUGA